GGGUCUCCGGGGGUGGUUUGUCCUCGCUGCAUUUAAACCGGAGCUGCCGCAGCAGCAGCACAAACAGAGCCUCCUCUCCCCGCGCACUGCUGCGGACACGGGCCCGGGGUUUGUGGCUCAUAUUUGGAAUAAAACAAUAAAACAUCGGUUUAUUGGAUCGUGUGGAGCAGCGUCAGGAGCCGAAAGAGCCACAGAGACAGAGCCUGAUGUGCGUGGAGAUGUUGCACUGAGGCGCAGCGCGGAGGAGCUGCGGGACAAGGUGAAUAAUCCGCGCGUGUAAAGGUCGUGUGAGCUGCAGACUGUCCACAGGGGAAGACACUCGCCCCUGCGCGGGGACACCGGGGACAAGCAGAGAUCUGUCUAAAUUAUGGCCACUCUACUGCGGAAAAUCGGUCUGAUCCGACUGCACGACCGAGACACGGAGGACCCCAAGCACCACCAGGGCUCUCUAAAGGGCUCCAAGGGAAACCAGAAGAACAACGCCAAUAAACACUGUCAAACCGCAAACGACACCAACAUCCUGAGCACCCCGGAGAUUAAAGCCAGGAAACUGGACCAGCCAAAGGACAAGCAGGGCAAGGACGCAAAGGAGAGGCAGCAGACAGGAGGAGGAGGGAGUAAAGCCACCAGUGCCUCCUCCAUACCCCCGCCUCACCGCCAGCACUGCACCCAGGUCCGGACACGCAGGCUCAUGAAGGAGCUGCAGGAGAUCCGGAGGUUAGGGGACAACUUCAUCUCUGUGGAGCUGGUGGAGGACAACCUGUUCGACUGGAACGUCAAACUGCACCAGGUGGACAAGGACUCAGCUCUGUGGCAGGACAUGAAGGAGACCAGCACUGAGUUCAUUCUGCUUAACGUCACCUUCCCUGAUAACUUUCCCUUCUCUCCACCGUUUAUGCGCGUCCUCACGCCGCGUUUGGAAAACGGCUACGUCCUGGACGGUGGCGCCAUCUGCAUGGAGCUGCUGACCCCCCGGGGCUGGUCCAGCGCCUACACCGUGGAGGCGGUCAUGAGGCAGUUUGCAGCGAGCCUCGUCAAAGGACAGGGCCGUAUAUGCAGGAAAGCUGGAAAAUCCAAGAAAGCAUUUAGUCGCAAAGAAGCAGAAGCCACCUUUAAAUCCCUGGUGAAGACCCACGAGAAGUACGGCUGGGUUUCUCCGCCCGUGUCCGACGGCUGAGGGCUAACCCCCGCUAACCCCCCCCGCUAGCCCUUUAGCGCUAGCAGGCCCACCACAGCUAGCCCCUUUGACACGCAAAACGACACACCACGCUAACUCAAUCUUCAGCACAUCCCACUCCGCUCAUCUCGGUGUGUUUGUAUUAUAAUUUCGGGGACGUUUUGAAUCCAUUUCCAUGACGACUUUGGGGAACGUGCGGCCAUCUCCAUUCUGUUUUGUCCUUUUAAGACUUUUAAGGCCGUUCAUGGCGUGUGUUGUCCCCCGCUGGACGUUAGCUGGAAGUGCACAUGCAUCCGAGUAUGUCUUACACUGUUUUUUUUGUGUUUUAUUUUCUGGUAAAUACACUUAUGCACUUGCAGUUGAACAAAUCAGACUCGAUGGACUACAAACGUGAAAGACCACUGAAUGACAUAUAUCACCUCAUCUCUCUAUCCUCACCGAUCCGGCAGCCAUUUUUGUAGUUUUUUCCCCCGCAUUUCCAUAUAAAUGAACACUGUUAAUGUUUAAUAGACUGGCAGUCCGUUAGCGUACAUUCAUUCGCUCGCACAUUCCCUCCUUUUUCUCUUUUCUUUCGGCCGUGCUGUCCCUCAACAUGAAGAUUGUAAUUUCGCAUCCUUUCUUUCUCUCUAUUGUUCUAUUGCCGUCUCUUGUGGCUAAACUUAGCGCUCACUGUUGCGUAGACGGAUUUCGAAAUGGGAUGAAAAGUAUGCUACGUGUUGCUUUUAUGCAGAGACUUUGUAUGAUAACUAGAAUGAUUGUCACUAUCUGCGUAUACUCUUUUGUGUGUGUGUUAGCGUGUGUGCUGCAGAGGAAGAAGACUGUAAUUCCCCAUGAUUUAGAUACCAGAUGGUACAGGGCUAACGUCGCGCGCGCGUCAACAAGGGAAGCUAGCCCUUUAAACAAACAAAUGUGAUUUACUGUGAAUUUAUUUGGUUUUUUGACUGCGUCCUGACCAUAGAGUGUAUAUGUAAAUGGACGUAGCUAACCUGCUAGCCACUGUAUUCCAAAUAGGAAGUGCGCUUUCUGGUUCUAGUUCACUUUCUAUUGAAAAACUGUCGCUUCUCUCUGUAACUGCUGGUCUUUACACGUUCGUAUUAACCCGCCCCACGUCAUCCUGUCGUUUUUAUUUCGCGAUUACGUCCGUAAAUCAACAGUUGAACAUUAAUAACGCCGUCUUUUCCCAAGGUUUCUCCCGCUAGCGUUAGCAACAGGUUUGAUUUACAGCGUUGCUAAUCGCCCGCUCUCUUCUAAACCAGCUGCUAAUAGUUCGAAAAGGGGGUUACCUUCAACAACCUCGCCCCCGGGAUCGGCUCUUCGGUUGCUACGAUACUCGCCGUCAAAGGUCCAAAUAAAAAAAACUCGGCUCCAAAUUCGCCGCUAUAACUGCUAGCCUCGAUUAGCUUCAUUUGACGGAACGCUGUGGGUGACGUCCACUUCUUUAUACAGUCUAUGGUCCCGGCUGCGUAAAUGUAACUGCUACUACAUAAUCUUUGUCUCAUGUAAACAAGUAAAGGUCAGUUCACUCCGAGUCAUUCCGGGUCUGUACUACAAAUGACCGCGGAGGGAAAAUUGGUUUGGGCUUUGAACGAUGGCCGACUGACAGCCAGCGCGGAGAAGAGCAAUCCUGAGUGCUUUCAUCUCCUCGCAAAUGUCAGGUAGCGCACAAAAUGGCCGCCCGUCGAUUACUUAAUAGUAUCUAAGCCGGGCCCCUCGUACGGCUGUUCUAUUAACUCCUAGCGAAAAAAGCAUCGGUUUCAAUCAGUGGACGUCCGCGCUAACCGUGCUCCUCUGUGUGUUUGUUUUCCUAUCCGCCCCGUUAAAUGUCAAAAGCGAAGCUGCUAAUUGGUCUGACAUUUUGGGUUGAGCGUCAUUAGGCGAGGCGCAAGGGGGGAUGCGGGGAAAGACGGGGUUUUUUGUCACUCCGCGCUCGCCGUAGUUAACGUGGAGGACUUCUGCAACGAUCGAGCGCCGUUGUCUUUGCGUGUGUACUUGUUAAAUCAAAUUCAUCGUCAAAUACAUGUGUAAAGUGUAAAAAAAAAUACAAAAAAUAAAUAAAAAUACCACGCCAUCUGGUAUGUAAUCGUGCGGAAACGUGCUAGGUCUGUAUGAAUCCGGCUAGUCAUUUCAGGGUCGUACGCCGUUCUCUUGGCUCUUGGAGAAAACGUAUUGUUGCAAAUUAUCUCAAAAAGAAGAUGAGUGUUUGAGAAUACUUUGUGAUAUAGUUUAGAUGGGUAGAACCACUGGGUGAAGUCUGAUAAUGUUGUAAUAUAUCUGCAUGUGGUCAUGUGAUUGGUAGCUAGCCUCUGUAUAUCUUUUUUCAAGAAAAGCAAGGGAAAAAAAAAAUCAACAACUGGAGAAAACAAAAAUGCAAAAUGCUUCUUUCUAUACUUCUAAAUCUCUUUUGGAUCCUGUACUGUAUGUAUAUGCUUUAUUUUACUUUCAAAAGCGUCUUACGAAAAGUCACAUUGUGUUAUCUGAAUGUUUGUGUUUUUAUUUAUUUGUGGUUUGCCAAACUGAAGAUUUGAAGCAUGUCGCAGGUUAUUGUCACACGAUAACAAGAAGAAAACUAAAAACGAAACGUAGAGACGACGGGGGAAGGGUCAGGGAAAAAAAGCGAAUCCACGUGUCCGCCGCGAUGUCGCUACGGCCCCUCCCCCCCUCCCCCCAUCGCGAUAGCCCCCCGUUGGAUUGUGGGAAAUGCAGGCGACACGUUUGGGCUGGAGUCUCCCCUAGUCACAGAUUGAAUUUUUGAGAUAAAGAUGCUUCAAAUCUCUGGAUAAAGAACUAUUGUGCAUGUUUGGCCUUUAAUCUGUCGCUACGGGCAACUUCAGGCCACGCGAGUGUCCGGUCGAGGCCAAGGUCUUAACGUUCGAAAGGUGAAAGGUGAAAGGUCAAUGCAAGACCAAACAGGAAUGUGCAAUAAACGUUACAGCGUAUUUAAAC